AUGGAAGCAGCGCAGUAUUUCGGGACAUUUUUCGACUUUUAUUGUCCUUAUCGUAUAGCUGGACGCAACACCGCCGGGAAGCGAUUCCAAAUUAUCAAACAAAAGCAUCGUUUGGUAAUUUUGAAAUCGAUUGUAUUGCUUGUGAUUUGCACGCUGGCCGCCUUGCUAGGACCAGGAUACGCAACCGUGUUCAUCCCUAACCGGAGUUGCAUUAAUCGGAUCAUUAAUUGGCUCUGUCUGGGCAUCGCGUUGGCCACCAACUUCAUGGUAACGUGGGAAAGCAUGGCCACCAGCAAGGAGGACAUACGAGUGUGGAACACGUUUGAUCGAAUCGAAAAUACACUUCUCAAGGAUGAUCGGGCCGGAGCACUAGCGCUGAUCCAACGUGUCAGUCGUACCUACGGUUGGAUGUUCUUUCUCUGGUUGGCACAGGUCGGGCUAGUUAUCGGAUUGUUGGUUGUUUUAGAAAUGCGCUCAGAAGAGCAUAGUUUAAGAUGUUUCAUCAUAAUCUUCGAAGUGCUGAGCAUCGUUGAUAGCAUGAAACUAUUGCAGAUCAUUAUGUACGUUCGCAUUUUGACCGUGUACGUGCGAAUGUUAACCAUCAGGUAUGGUCGGUUAGUAGUGUCCUUGAAUGGAAGAAUCGAGGAUAGGGUUCCUGAUCGCUUCCACCAACAGUUUCAACCGCUCAGUCUGUGUUACUUUGAUUGCAUGAAGGUGUUCUGCCAGAUGCAGGAUCAAUUUGGUUGGACUCUAACGUUUAUGUGCCUAAAAUAUUGCAUCGUAUUGUGGAAUGAAAUUUAUUGGACGGUAUACCGCUCAGUGCUGGAUCGAUCGUUCGAGUGGUAUUGUGUGAACCUGGUGCCGUAUCAUUUCGUCUACUUGUUCUUCACUUGGUCUUGUGAAAGAUUCUACACGGAGAUACGGCAUCUUUCUCGCCAGCUCUACAGGAUCAAUGUAAAUUCCUUGGAGGACACGAUCGUCCUGAGAAUCCGACAGUUUCAGCUGCUCCUUGAAUACAACACGUUAUUCUUUCAUACGUUUGGAAUUUGUCUCGUCUCUUAUCGAUUAAUUUUCCAGUAUAUCAUCUCGGCCAUAACCAGAGUCUCUUUUAUCGCACAAAUCCUCAUCGAUUACAGCUACGAAUAA